AUGAGUCCAAAAAUUGCAAUAAUAAUAGGUCUUUUAAUAAGACUAGGAUUAAUUGCUUAUGCAGAAAUAUAAGAUAAAUAUUUCAAUUUGAAAUAUACAGACAUAGAUUAUUCAGUAUACUAAUAAUUUAUAUGUAGGUGUAUUCUGAUGGAGCAUAAUAUGUUGUAGAUGGAGGAUCACCUUAUGAUAGACAUACUUAUAGAUAUUCACCUAUAUUAGCAUAUAUAUUAAUACCAAAUGUGUGGAUAUCAUCAUUUGGAAAGAUUCUUUUUAGUUUUGUUGACAUGUUAGCUUGUAUUUUUAUGUAAAAAAUGGUCAAAUCUACUUUUCUAAUGAAUUUAUGGAUAUUCAAUCCAUUAACAAUCUAAGUAUCUACCAGAGGAUCAUCUGAUACAAUAAUUGUGCUCUUAAUUUAUGCUAUGUUGUAUUUACUCAAGAAAGAGAAAUAUACUUGGGCUGCAAUAAUCUAUGGUUUUAUGGUACAUUUACGUAUCUAUCCAAUCAUAUAUGCAAUUCCAUUGUAUUUCUUUAUUGAUUCACAUCAACCUAAUAGAAUGUAAAAUAAAUAUUAUAAUUUUAGAUAUAUGGGUAUAUUUAGUAAAAAUAAAGUCAAGUUUGCUUUCAUUUCAGGUGGAUUAUUCAUUAUCUUAUUGAUAUUAUUCCAUUUUAUUUAUGAAGAUUUCCUUUUCCAAACAUAUCUCUAUCAUUUCACAAGAAAAGAUAAUAGACAUAAUUUUUCACCUUAUUUUUAUCAAAUAUAUUUAAGCUUUUAAUCAAUCACAAGAAUUUAAGCAACAUUAACAUUCUUGCCUUAAUUUUUGAUUGUUAUUUUAGCAGGAUUAAAGUAUUAUAGAGAUUUACCAUUUGCUAUGCUUAUUUAAACUCUUGGCUUUGUUGUUUUUAAUAAAGUCUAAACAGCUCAAUAUUUUGUUUGGUGGAUAGCUCUUAUUCCAUUAGCACUUCAAAAUACAAAAAUGAAUAAUAAAGAAAUAUUGAUGUUAUCAAUUAUUUGGUUAAUUUUAGAAAUUCAAUGGAAUUUUGGAUCCUAUUAUCUUGAAAUACAAGGAUAAGAUGUAUUUACAAUGAUCUUUAUUUAAUGUAUAAUAUUCUUCUUGUCAAAUACAUAUUUGAUGAUCAAAAUCAUUGAAAAUCGCAAACCAACUGAAUUCUAUAAAAUUAAAAUGGAUUGA